CGAGGAAGUAAGCAAAGAAAGUUGUCCCUAAAAUAAUCCACAUGGGCAAUAAUAUCUAAGGAGAUUUUUAAGAGAUUCUGUUAAUUUCUGUUCGAUUUGAGCUAAAACAAUCAUAUCCUUUUAAUAAAAAUAAAAUGUCAGACGGUCAAUUUAGUGAUUACGAAGAGGAUAUUUCUUUAAAGGUUAAGUGCGUAAGGUUUACAGAUGUACCUGAGAUCAAGAACAUAAGUAGUGAUGAUGAUGAUGAUGAUGAUGAUGAUGAUGAGGAUGAUAAUAAUGAACUGGAUUCAGAUCAAUAUUUCCUUGACUCGGAUGACCCUACACAAGGUACAAAGAAAAAAGAUAACUUCAACAGCCAAGCUCCAACAACAAAGCUCACUUCCUAUCAACCCACAGAAAAACUCUUUAAAAGAUACAUAAACAAAAUAAAUGUAGACAAAUAUGAACCCAUGUCAAACAACACUGAGAAGUUUAUCGAUCAGAAUGAUAGAAAAAAAGAUAAUGAGCGAAUUAGGAUUAAAGACAAACAUGAUAGAGCCACAGCUGAACAGGUCAUGGACCCGAGAACUAAAAUGAUCCUAUUCAAACUACUAAAUAGAGGCAUUAUCAAUGAAAUUAAUGGCUGCAUAUCUACAGGCAAAGAAGCUAACGUGUAUCACGCUACCUCAAAAGACGGACGGGACUUUGCCAUUAAGAUAUUCAAAACAUCAAUAUUAGUGUUCAAAGAUCGAGACAAAUAUGUAUCGGGCGAAUAUCGAUUCCGAAAUGGCUAUUGUAGAUCCAAUCCACGUAAAAUGGUUCGCACCUGGGCUGAGAAGGAGAUGAGAAAUUUAGUCAGGUUGUACAAUGCACAACUUAAUGUGCCCGAGCCUAUAAUCUUAAGAAGUCAUGUGUUGGUUAUGACCUUCAUGGGUGAGGGAGGAUGGCCGUCGCCUAAAUUAAAAGAUGUCGAAAUAUCACAGUCAACAGCCAGGUCAUUAUAUAGAGACUGCAUAACAAUGAUGUGGAAAAUGUAUAAUAUAUGUAAAUUGGUACAUGCUGAUCUAUCUGAGUACAACUUGCUGUACCACAAAGGGAAUGCCGUAGUUAUUGACGUAUCACAGUCUGUUGAACAUGAUCAUCCACAUGCCUUUGAGUUUUUAAGGAAGGAUUGUACGAACAUAUCAGAUUUCUUCAGGAAACGUGGUGUGGCAACAUUGACUGUUAAAGAGUUGUUUGAUUUCAUAACGGACUCAUCAAUAAAUGUGAAUAAUUUAGAAGAAUGCCUUGAGAAGUUAUCAGAUAAAGCGGCUUCACGAAACUUUGAGGAUAUGACAGCACAAGAACAAGUUGAAGAAGAGGCAUUUAAAAAUAUUUACAUUCCUAAAAGACUUACUGAGGUGAUAAACUAUGAACGUGAUAUAAGUAAAGCAAAAAAGGGUGACACAGAGGACUUAACAUACAAGAAAAUAGCAGGAUUUAAAGAAGACCUGUCAGGAACUGCCAACAGACCGGAGAUUUUAGAAGAAGAUGAUGUUAGUGGAAGUAGUGACAGCUCUGACGAUGAAGAUCGAGAUGAAGAAUCAGGUACAAAAUUCAAGAAUAGCGCACGUCCUCGAGACGAGUCACCAAACAGCAAGAAAUCAAGAAAGAAAGCCAUAAAGGAAGAAAAGGCGGAAAGGAGGAAAUCUAAAACGAAGAAACACGUAAAAAAGCGCAGGGACAAAGGAUUCGGCAGAAAAUAAAGUUGUUUUUGGGCUA